AGUUUUAAGAUAUAAUCACUCUUAAAACAUAUAUAUUUUCUUCCAGCUUUCCUAGGCUCUAUCUGGGCAUCGGAAGAACGUGAUUCACGCAGUAUGUUGGGACGUAAUCGUAAUACCAAUAACAUACAGGCUUACUAUCAAUCCGUACCACAAUGUAUUUGUACUCCCGGUCCUCGUGGUAAUCCUGGUGAACAAGGAGCACCCGGUGUUAAAGGUCCUCGAGGCGAUCCUGGCCUAAAGGGUCCCAAGGGACCUCCAGGACCAAUGGGUCCUCCUGGUCGACAAGGUUCCAAUGGACGUGAUGGUGCUCCAGGACCUCCAGGUUUGCCAGGUCCCCGCGGUAGACGUGGUUUUCCCGGUGGUAGAGGUGUUCCUGGUCCAAUGGGUGUACCCGGUCUACCAGGCCCACCCGGUCAACAAGGUGAUCCCGGUGUUGCUUCACCGGCCACUACAACAACCACCACGACAACCACAACAGCUAAACCCAAAGAGGAAAAUCCAUAGGGUUUUGCCACAAAUAGUGAACCCAUAAUCAUAACACAACCAUAUACAAUGACUAUGGAAAUUGAUGAUUACGAUAUCGUAUAUCC